CUUCACUUUGGUUGAAGCCUUUUACCAGAACAGAAUUCACCCGACGAGGGAUAUGUUGACCGUCUCAGCUGCCACGAGGAUUUAUUGUCUUUGUCGGACUGUCCUUGCAUUUGGCCAGGGAGUUUGGCCGAGAUGUCCUAAGCGUAGGUAGGCAAUGCUAUUAACGUUGAUUGCAGGGAAUCUCCUCGUGCCGCGGAGCUGCUAUGAAGUUGCAAGCACUGACGGACAUGGACCUGUGGCAACUCUCGCAAAACGGUGGCAUGAUGUUCACUUUAUGUUACGUACACGCAAAACACUUCGCACCCCGAAUCCUGCUUAUACUGACUAUCUGGAAACAACUAUUUAUACUGCUCGUUUUCCAGCGAGAAUAUUAAAAGGUAUCCCCCAGCUUGAAGCGAACAUGCUGGCGAGAAAGCAAUUCUUAAAACUGGUUAGCUCAACGAAGACCCCCACCUCGCUACGUGGUGCCAUCCCGACGACCGUAACGAUGACUUCGACUGCUACUUUCCAUUCAUCACCUCCGCGACACGAGCUAAGUGUGGAACACCAAAAGAUUGUCAAAUCGACAGCCCCUGUUCUUGCCGAGCAUGGCGUGGCAAUCACCUCUCAUUUCUACAAACGCAUGCUCAACAAUCAUCCUGAACUCCGAAAUGUCUUUAACUCUGCACAUCAAGACACCGGCACACAACCAGCGGCUCUCGCCCAUGCCGUCUGGGCCUACGCUUCGAACAUCGACAAUCUGGGUGCGUUGACUACUGCCGUGUCCCGGAUUGGGCAUAAACAUGCCAGUCUUGGAAUCACCCCCGACCAAUAUCCAAUUGUCGGUGAAAACCUCCUCGCAUCGAUCAAAGAGGUACUAGGUGAUGCAGUCAAUCAGCCACUCCUGGACGCAUGGGGAGCUGCUUACCAGCAACUGGCCGAUAUAUUCAUCAACUUUGAACGAGACCUAUACCAGAAAGCCGAACAGACCUCGGGUGGCUGGACAGGAUGGCGCAAGUUCAAAGUCGCCCGCAAGGUCCCCGAAAGCGACGAGAUCAUUUCUUUUUACCUAGAGCCCGUCGAUGGAGGAAAGCUGCCUAGCUUCCAAUCCGGUCAGUACAUUUCUGUCCGGGUGUUCGUGCCCGAGCUGGGAGUAUAUCAGCCUCGCCAGUACAGUCUGUCCGACACACCCGAUGGGAAGCACUUCCGCAUUUCAGUCAAGAAGGAAUCUGCCAAAGGCCUCACCCCAGCAGGCCGCAUCUCCAAUGUCCUGCAUGAAAACGUACCCGAGGGCGCCGAGAUCGAUGUCAGCAAUCCCUACGGAGACUUUACGCUCGAUGUGGAGACGGACGUCCCAGUCGUUCUGAUCAGCGGUGGUGUCGGUAUUACACCGAUGCUGUCUAUGCUGGGCACUCUUGUGGACCAUGCACCAACAAGGAAGGUCGUCUUUGUGCAUGCUGUUCGUGGUGGAAAUGUGCAUGCCAUGAAAGACUACUUGUCCCGGAUCAUGAAAGAGAACCCCCAGGUCUCCCGGCUUAUCUUCUAUGAAAACGUCGCCGAGGCCGAGCUUGAAGGCGUCGACUACGACUACAAAGGCCGCAUCGAGCUUGAAAAGGUCAGGGACAAAGUCCUACUACCAGACGCAAACUACUACUUAUGCGGACCGAUCCCCUUUAUGCAAUCACAGCAGAAGAGUCUGGAGGCUCUGGGUGUCCCCAGCGAACGGAUACAUUCCGAAGUGUUUGGUUCAGGCAUUGCAUAGACAAUCAUGGCUUACUGGAAGACGCGGAAGCGUUGGGAUGACCUUCUGCCUGGCAAUGUUACUUGGCGUAUGCUUGUUCGCGCUACAUCUGGUAAGACAUAAAUAAGGCUUUAUUCAGCUGAGGGUUAUUGUGUAAAAGAAGCGUCUCUGUGUUGCAAUAUAAAGUCGAUUUUUUUUAAACCUGUUGAUCGCGUGUUGGCUGCUACCUACCUGGAGGAGUUUAUAUAUUAUUCUAG